AUGCAAAAUAAACAGGUGGAGAUAACUUGAAUAUGUUAUAUAAGCAGUACUUUCCUUGUUAAGCAAGAAAAGCAAGUCACAGUCUAAACUUCUUUCCUUACAAAAUCUUGUAUAAUGUACAGUGCUUCCAACAAGCAAUGUCGCAGCCAAUCAGAAUCGAUGCCGCUGGCCAAUCAAAAUUAAUUUCAUAUUUUCAGAAAUAGAAAUCGUUAUUUUUAGAAGCCAUGUCGCCUGCUUAGUAGUUUUUUUUCUUCAUCAAUACUUUACAAUUUAACAUGAGUACAAUAUUUUUAUAUGAAGAUGGGCAUGGAAGGGUUGUUGAUGAGAAUGGCGACCCUGAGCCUAUGGACUACAUUGUUGAUCAGAAUGAAUUUAUUGUUGAGACAAUUGCUACACAUACUGAGUACUUGAAAACUACGGCCUCCAGUGAAUCAUCUCUGACUUGCCCAAUGUCGAUAGAAAAGACAAAAGACAAAGAUAUCCGUAUGAAGGAAGCAAACACGAAACGAGAUUAUGUGCGUUAUACUGUUCAGGAUAAAGCUAGGUUUUUUGAUCUGAAGAUCGAAAAGUGCGUCAGCUGCAGCGAAGCAGUUGGUAUUUUUGAGAGUUGUAAAAAAGUAGGUCGUAAGUGCAUCUUAACCGAAGAGCAUGAAACGACUGCUAUCAACUUCAUUGAUGCUAAUCCCUCUGCUACUAUUGUUGAAGUGACCGAGCAUUUAUCGACGCAAUUUCAUGACCUUAAAGUCUCACGCAGCACUGUCUAUAACUUUAUGAGAAGUGAAUGUAACCUUUCGUUGAAGAAAGCAGAUUUUCAUUCUAUUGAGAGAAACAGUUCGGCAAAGAUUGAGGAACGACACGAUUGGGUUUGCAAAUGGGAGAAUACCGACAUGAAUUUCCUGACGAAUUGCAUGUUUCUUGACGAGUCUGCGUUUGAUAUUAAUAUGAAACGCUCACGAGCUUGGUCAAAAAAAGGUUCUCGUGCCAUUGUUACCAGACCCACUACGAGAGCGCUAUCUCCGCUUCAGGUUUGA